AUGGCGCAGUUUCUAAUAGAGCAGAUCCGAUACAUACAUGAGGAAAUCGAGAUGAUGGAAAAGGCAAUUGCGGAUUUGAUCGAGGAGAAGGUUCGAAAGAAGAAGGAGUGGAGCAUUCGUUACGACUAUGCCAUCAGUUACCUAGUGGAGAAGAUACAGACAAAGUCAAAGCUGCUCCUGCAGUAUUAUAAGGACGAAGACAAUUUGAAAAAAGAGGAAAUGCAGUUUAUUUCUGGUAAGACAAAUGGAGGAAGACAAAGAGGAAAAGGUGAAGAGGAAGAAGCAGAGGAAGGUCAAGAGGAAGGAGUUUGGCAAGAAGAAAACACCGACUUGUGGAAGAAUUACUACGAAAGAAUUAAGUAUAUCAGGGAUUACCACAAAAAAAACAACAUAAAAAAAAUAGAAAUUAGGAGCUACAAGGCCUAUAAGUAUGAAGCACUCAAGAAUAAUAAACUAAAGGAGAGUUUUUCUCCCGUGGAGAGAAAAGGAAAAUAUGUAGACAUGCACAAAUUUUACAGCGACUUCGUAAAUAUGAAGAAAAUUAAAAACUAUAGGAUGAGUGUAUAUCGAAAGAAGGAAUUGGCUAGUCAAAAGAAGAGAAAUAGUACAGAGAAUGAAAAGAGAAAGAAUUCCUCCAAAGGGGUGAAAAUCAACGAAGGAGAAUUCAAGGAAAUGGACUUAGUAACGUAUCUUCACAAUUUCACCCGCUUCUAUUACAUCCCAAGGUAUUGCAAGUAUAAAAAUGAAGAAUAUAAAAAAUACAUCCAGAAUGUAUUAUCCUAUCUAGUGAAUUUUUUUUCAAAGGUUAAUGUCCUUGUGGAUUGCCAGAAAAUGUACUUACAAUAUGAGGAGAACUUUGAAAAUAAAUUUAAGGAGAAGGAAAUUAAGCAGUGGGAAAAGUAUACAUAUGAUCUGGACCUGUACUGUAACGUUAAUGAUAGGCUAUACGCGUCAGAGGGAACAUUCAACUCUUAUAAGAAUAGCAAACACUACGAUGAGGAUUUGAAAAAAUACAUGCAGAAGAAACUCACCGUGGAGGAGCUUGAAGAUUUCAAGAGGCAGAUCGAACAGGAAGACAAGGAGAUAGCCAAAUGUGAAUACCUCAUCGAGUUAUAUAAAAAUGUUUUAAAUAAAAUUUUCCAAAGGACCAUUCAAAAAAUACAGAGAAAGCAGGCCAUCAGUGUGGACGAACUACAGAAAAAAAUGAAAUCGGAGAAAAGGAAUGAUAACUUUUUAAGUUUACGUGAUCGUGCUGGGUUGUAUGGCACUGACGAAUAUGAUGCACGAACUGAUUUCCCCCACCUGUACAAUUCGCAAAUUUUUGGACCUUCCUCCGAAGAUGAUGAUGAUGAUGACGACUCCACAGAUGCGUCUGAUGGGGAUAGUCUAAACAGUGAAGUGGACGGGGGAAAAAAAAAAAAAGGAAAAGGAGGAACAGAUGGAACAGAUGAGGAAGACCAAGAUGAUGAUGAAAAAACUAUUUAUAACCCCUUGAAUUUGCCACUAGGACAUGAUAAUAAACCCAUACCUUAUUGGCUUUACAAACUACACGGGUUAUCCAAGGAGUACACGUGCGAAAUAUGCGGGAAUUACUCUUACUUUGGCAGAGCCCAGUUUGAAAAACACUUCUACGAAUGGAGACACUCCUUUGGAAUGAAGUGCCUGAACAUCCCGAACACGCUGCAUUUUAAGGAGAUCACCAAAAUAGAUGAUGCGCUUAAUUUAUAUGAACGACUCAAGAAACAGACACAGAUGCAUGUCUUCAAGCCUGAUCAGGAGGUUGAGUGUGAAGACUCAAAGGGGAAUGUCAUGAACAUGAAGGCCUACGAUGAUUUGAAGCGCCAGGGGCUGCUUUAA